AUGGCUACCAUUACCCUCCAGAGGGCUUCCUGGUGUCUACAAAUUUCAAGGACGUCGCGUACUUUUGCUGUUAGCUUCACGACAGCACUGCCGCGCAAAGGCAAACCUCGUCAUCUCCCACAAGACUUCUCCAGCCCCCUACGCGAAACCUCAAAUCCUCUCCACUCUAGUAGAGAAGACGCUGCACGACGAUCUACAAGACAGGCUGAAACUAAACGAGCUUUUACUUCAACGAGGGUCUACCGGGCCCAACAAGAAGCAGCUUCGCCAGCCUCAAGACCGACCUCUCUCGAUGCCCAACAACCUCAGCCUCCAGAAUCAAUUUUGCCCGACACACGCGAUCUGACUUCCGGCCUCAACGACCAAAACGUUUUUCUAGACGAAGGCGCUCGCCAAGUCGAUUGGACGCGCUCGUUCCACGGUCUCUCCAAUGAAGCUUUCUCGCCUGAAGCCGCAAAGGUGCUGCUUGCGCCUAUAGAGCCAGAUGAGAUCGAGGUCAAGCCGGAUGGCAUCAUAUACCUUCCCGAGAUCAAAUAUAGAAGGAUUUUGAAUCAGGCUUUUGGGCCAGGAGGAUGGGGCUUGGCGCCGAGAGGAGAGACCAUCGUGACAGCGAAGGCUGUGACAAGGGAGUACGCUCUCGUUGCACUAGGAAGGCUCGUAUCCGUCGCUCGCGGGGAGCAAGAUUACUUCUCGCCGGAAGGCAUUCCCACCGCAGUCGAAGGAUGCAAGUCUACAGCUCUUAGACGCUGCUGCAAGGAUCUCGGUGUGGCGAGCGAGUUAUGGGAUCCAAGAUUCAUUCGGAAGUUUAUGGCGCAGCAUGUGAAGGAAGUCUUUGUCGAGCACCAGGUCACAAAGAAGCGAAAGAAGAUGCACUUGAGGAAGGAUGAUUCGAUCAAAUAUCCUUUCAAAGAAAUGAAGUAUGGGUCUUGA